AUGCCGUUUCUUCAAAUGCUUCAAAGUGUAGAAACUCCACCAUUAUUUUCCUUUAAGAAACCGGAACUUUAGACAUCUACUAAAAUCCAACACAUCAAAAAGCAGCCAUGGGGAUAUGCAACAGUACAAUCAACUGAAACUGACAGCCACGUUCAAAGCGUUAGAGCUGGAAAAACCACCAUGCUUAACGAAACCCUUUUCCAAAGUCUUCUCCUCCUAGUCCCUAGGGAAUCGAAAGAAAAGAAAGCGAAACCAGGCCACACAAAGAACAAAGAAAGAAGUAGAGAGCCACGUAUGGACCCCAUUACCGUCGAACGCAACCGGCGUCGCCAAAUGAACGACCAUCUCAACUCUCUCCGCUCUCUCAUGCCUCCCUCUUAUUGGGUCAAAGGCGACCAAGCGUCGAUUAAAAUAGGUGGUGCAAUAGAUUUCGUGAAGGGCCUAGAGCAGCUUCUGAAUUCGUUAGAGCGCAAAGGAAUGAGAAAAACAGAAUGA